AUGUUUUUUCAUGUGAUCUUGUUUUCUCUUGGCCUUUCGGCAAAAGGGCAGAAGCCACUAUGCCAUGUUAUUGAGAGCCCAGAGAAUCCCCUGCUGUCUAAGGAUGGAGAUAUGAUCAUCGGAGGAGCUUUUUCAAUACACAGUGGUGUAACGAUGCCGUCAAUGUCAUUUACUGAAAAACCUAAAUCUCUGAUAUGCUCUAGAUUUAACCUCAGAGAACUGCGCUUUGCUCAGGCCAUGGUUUUUGUCAUUGAGGAAAUCAACAGAAGCAGCAGCCUGCUCCCAAAUAUCUCAGUUGGUUACAGGAUUUAUGACAAUUGUGGCUCAAGGUUCUUGUCUAUGAAGGCAGCCAUGGCUUUGAUGAAUGGUCAGGAAUUAACGGCACUAGAAGGCUGCUCUGGACAAGCAGGAGUGCAAGCCAUUAUAGGGGAGUCUGAGUCUUCUCCGACUAUAGUACUAUCCAAAACUACAGGGCCUUUCAAGAUCCCAGUGAUAAGUCAUUCUUCCACUUGCGAAUGUUUGAGCAGCAGGACGGAGUACCCAUCUUUCUUCCGGACUAUAGCUAGUGAUUACUACCAGAGCCGAGCACUGGCACAGUUGGUCAAACACUUUGGCUGGUCUUGGGUAGGAGCUGUGAACAGUGAUAGCGACUAUGGCAACAAUGGAAUGGCCAUUUUUCUGGAAGCAGCCAAAGAGGAGGGGAUAUGUGUGGAGUACUCUGAGAAGUUUGACCGAUCAGAGCCAGCCAAGCUCAUGAAAGUGGUUGACACCAUCAAAAAAGGCACUGCAAAAGUGGUUAUCAUAUUUGUCGCCCAUAUUGAGAUGAACAUUUUAAUAGAGCAGCUCAUACUGAAGAAUGUCACAGGCUUCCAGAUGAUUGGCGUUGAGGGAUGGAUAACUGCCGUCAAUCUAAUAACUCCAACAAGUUACAGCAUACUGGGUGGAUCCCUUGGAUUUGAUGUGGGAAAAUCCAACAUUAUCGGCUUUUCUGACUACGUUGUAAAAGAGUUUUGGGAAACGGCUUUGCCUUGCUUGGUUACAACAGGAAACGUUUCUCAAGCUGAAAACAACUGCAGCAGAUAUCAGGAUCUGUUUCCAUUUAAAAACUACAAUGACGAUAUCUCCGAAUUGAGAUAUGCGAAUAACAUUUACAAUGGUGUUUAUGCUGUGGCACAUUCCCUACACAGCCUACUCAAAUGCAUGGAAAAGCAGGGUUGUGAGAAAGAUCAGACAAUCCAACCAUGGCAGGUUGUUGAAUCUCUGAAAAAGGUCAAUUUUACCACAAAAACAGGGGAACAGGUGUGGUUUGAUAGCACCGGUGCAACAGCUGCAAAGUACGAUGUGAUAAACUGGCAGCGUGGGGCUGAUGGAGAAGUGCUGUUUAAGCAAGUGGGUUACUAUGAUGCCUCUCUUCCUCCUGGACAGCAGUUUGUCAUAACUGAUAAAAAUAUCAUUUGGGGUGGAGGAAAAGUUGAGAAGCCAAGAUCUAUCUGCAGUGAGAGCUGCCCUCCAGGCACCAGGAAGGCUGCACAGAAAGGAAAGCCAGUCUGCUGCUAUGACUGUAUACCAUGCGCAGAAGGAGAGAUCAGUAAUAUGACAGAUUCAAAUAACUGUGAGCCGUGUCCAGGAGAAUACUGGUCUAAUGCCCAAAGAGACAAAUGUGUAUCAAAGGUCGUAGAAUUUCUUUCAUUCACAGAAGUUAUGGGAGUAAUACUGGUUUUCUUUUCUUUGUUUGGAACAGGACUAACAAUGUUAGUGGGAAUUUUGUUUCUAAUUAAGAAGGACACUCCAAUAGUCAGAGCAAACAACUCAGAGCUGAGCUUCCUGCUACUCUUUUCAUUGGCUUUGUGCUUCCUCUGUUCGCUUACUUUCAUUGGUCAGCCCUCUGAGUGGUCCUGUAUGCUGCGUCACACAGCAUUUGGGAUCACCUUCGUCCUCUGCAUCUCCUGUGUUCUGGGGAAAACAAUAGUGGUGUUAAUGGCCUUCAGAGCUACACUUCCAGGCAGUAAUGUCAUGAAAUGGUUUGGGCCUCCACAGCAGAGACUCAGUGUUCUUGCCUUCACUCUCAUACAGGUCCUAAUUUGUGUGCUUUGGUUAACAAUAUCACCUCCUUUCCCCUACAACAAUAUGCACUACUACAAGGAUAAGAUCAUAUUAGAAUGUCAGUUAGGUUCAGCUGUAGGUUUCUGGGCUGUACUGGCUUAUAUAGGAGUCUUGGCUACUUUGUGUUUUGUUUUGGCUUUUCUGGCCAGAAAAUUGCCUGACAAUUUUAACGAAGCCAAGUUCAUCACAUUCAGCAUACUGAUCUUUUGUGCAGUUUGGAUCACCUUCAUCCCAGCUUAUGUCAGCUCUCCUGGAAAGUUCACUGUAGCUGUUGAAAUAUUUGCUAUUUUAGCUUCAAGUUUUGGUUUAUUAUUCUGUAUAUUUACACCUAAGUGUUAUGUCAUUCUGUUUAAGCCUGAACUAAAUACAAAGAAACAUGUUAUGGGGAAAAUGGCAUCAAAAUCACUUUGA